UCUUAGUGAUAAAGAGGUGGGGACGUGUGGAUAUAAAUAAUGUAGUAUUCGGCGAAUAUUACCCCAACUCAUGAGCAGCCCUGGCUGGACACACACAUCACAUUGCUCCUAGAUUCAUAUAUAUAUACAAACAUACGCAAUAGUACUUCCCAGGGAAUCUGGGCUUCUGUGGAUUGGUGAAAAGUUGAAUUUGGCACUUUGUUUCUUCUUUUCGUAUCGCCGUCUCAUACGACGAUUUGUUUAUCCAAUUCAGAUGAAAAGUUCAUUGACCAAAAUUCAUGAAUUCUAGAUUUGAUUUAUUAUUGAUAUAAUGUAUAAAGAGAAUUAUUUAGGGUUUGGUCUUGCUGUUGCUUCGAGUGCCUUCAUUGGAUCCAGCUUCAUCAUCAAGAAGAAGGGUCUUCAACGCGCUGCUGCUUCUGGUUCUCAUGCCGGUGCUGGGGGAUAUGGGUAUUUGCUAGAACCACUAUGGUGGGUUGGCAUGAUCACUAUGAUUGUUGGAGAGUUUGCAAAUUUUGUAGCCUACAUUUAUGCUCCUGCUGUUCUUGUGACACCACUUGGGGCGCUAAGUAUAAUUGUUAGUGCUAUUUUAGCACAUUUCUUGCUAAAAGAGAAAUUACGGAAAAUGGGAAUACUGGGAUGUGCCUUGUGUGUGAUUGGAUCUACCAUUAUCGUUCUUCAUGCACCUGGUGAACAUAGCAUUUCUUCAGUGGAUGAAAUUUGGGCAUUAGCAACACAACCAGCUUUUCUUAUUUAUACAGCCUUAGCAAUAGCUGUGGUACUGGUUCUUGUGCUGUAUUGUGAGUCGCGCUAUGGGCAGACAAACAUGAUGAUUUAUAUUGGUGUAUGCUCCAUAAAUGGAUCUUUGACGGUAAUGAGUAUUAAAGCAAUAGGCAUUGCCAUAAAACUUACAUUCGAGGGUUCAAGCCAAGUAGCACACUUCCAAACAUGGAUAUUUGUGAUGGUUGCUGUUUCAUGUAUAAUCACUCAGUUGAAUUACUUAAAUAAGGCUCUGGACACAUUCAAUACUUCAGUUGUUUCACCAAUCUACUAUGCGAUGUUCACAUCAUUCACAAUUUUGGCCAGCGCAAUAAUGUUCAAGGAUUGGUCCGGUCAGAAUGCUAGCGACAUUAUUUCAGUUCUUUGUGGGUUUGGAACGGUGCUUUUAGGUGUUGCAGUUUUGCAUAAUACUAGAGAACCAGUCCCGCCUCCUUCAGAUUUAUACACAUCACUUUCUCCUCAAUUCUCAUGGCUUGUUCAUGCAAAUGGUGAAAUAUGGAAGCCGACAGACAAUGACGAGUUGCACCAUGAAUUUAUUGGUGUGAUUAGACCAGAUUAUUUUAAAUGAAGUUUAUCUGGAAGAUGCAGUCAUUUUUGUGAAGACCUAGGUAUAUUGUCAGUGUGUCAUAUACUCCAGGGAGUGGAGAUUACAUAUAUGUUUAUUUAGAUCGUAUAGCUUAUUAUUCGUGGUGUAAAUUUACAGCCCAUUUUUUAUCCAUAAUUUUUUAGUCAUUCUA